AUGGCCGCAGAAGAUAUUAAAGCAAUCAAUUUGUUAUUCCAACGUCCACUUGAACCAUCAUUCACAUCGAGAGACGAUGGAAAUUCAUCACUCACUUUACCGGAAUCAUUUUUUACCGACAACUAUAAGGAUAAUUCAAAAAUUGAAUUUGAAAGUCGUUUUGGUGAUAAUGUUCAAACAAAGAUUCCACUGAAAGAAAUCCCAAAACCAAAUUUAGAUUUUACAAGUGUUGUUCCAAUUAAAAGGCCAUUCUCUCUUUUUAUUGAUAAACAUAAGGAAUGUGCUGGGCAAUUAAUUGAUUUAUUUUUGAAAGCUCCCGAUCCAAAAAGUUUUAUUUCACUUUCUGCUUACACCAAGGAUCGUGUCAAUCCUUUCCUGUUUCAAUAUUGUUUUUCCGUCGCUUGUCAACAUCGUAAAGAUAUUGGUAACACAAUUCAAGUACCCACUGUUGUUGAACUUUUCCCUCAAAAUUUUGUCGAGCCGGGAGUUUUUCGUGAUGCCCGUGCAGAAGGUUCACUUAUAAGCCAAGGCAAUAGGACGAAAGUUAAUAUUCCACAAAAUUAUACUGCAUCCGAUCGUGAAGAAGAACAAAGACUUUUCUAUUUUCGUGAAGAUAUUGGUGUAAACAGUCAUCAUUGGCAUUGGCAUUUAGUAUAUCCUGACAGCGGACCAUUGGAAAUUGUUAAUAAAGAUCGCCGCGGUGAAUUAUUUUACUAUAUGCAUCAUCAAAUCAUUGCCAGAUAUAAUACUGAGAGACUUUGUAAUCAUCUAGCUAAAUUAAGGCCAUUCAACAAUUUAGAUGAUCCAAUUAAAGAAGGAUAUUUUCCAAAAAUUUUGAAUAGUUUGAAUAAUCGCACAUACCCAGCUAGACCAAAUAAUAGUAAAUUGUUUGAUGUUAAUAGAGAAAAUAAUGUUAUACAAGUUGGAGAUGUUAAACGUUGGGUUGAUCGAGUUCAUGAAGCAAUUGAUAAGGGUUUUGCUACAAUGACUCAAGGGCAAAAUGUUCCUUUAGAUGAAGUACGAGGUAUUGAUAUACUUGGCAAUAUGAUUGAAGCAUCUGCCCUAACUCCAAAUCGUCAAUAUUAUGGAAAUUUACAUAAUAUGGGUCACAAUCUUAUUGCUCUAUGCCAUGAUCCAGAUAGCAGACAUUUAGAAGAAUUCGGUGUUAUGGGUGAUGUCAGUACUGCAAUGAGAGAUCCUGUUUUCUACAGAUGGCAUGGAUUCAUUGAUGGAAUAUUUAAAAAAUAUAAGGAUCUAUUACCACCCUAUCAAGCAAAUGAUUUAUCAAAUGAUGGAAUUGUUGUUAAUGGCAUAGAAUGCAAAAUAAUGAGCACAGGUAGAACAGCACCAAAUCAAUUAUUAACUUAUUGGCAAAAAUCUGAUGUUGAUUUAGCAGCUGGUCUUGAUUUUGGUCCAAACGGAAACGUUUUUGCUGAAUUUACUCACUUGCAACACCCUCCAUUCGAAUAUUCAAUUAAUGUUUCAAACAAUAGCGGUACUCAAAAACAAGGAACAUGUAGAUUAUUUUUGUGUGUAAAACAAGAUGAGAGGGGAAUGGAUUUGAGCUACAACGAUCAACGUGAUUUUGCUAUUGAAUUAGAUAAAUUCUUAGUUAACAUGAAACCUGGUCAAAAUGUAAUAAAAAGACGUUCUGAUGAAUCAAGUGUCACCAUUCCAUUUGACCGUUCUUUCCGUCGUCUAGGAGAAAAAUUCCAACCUAAGGAUCCCACAGAAAAAUCUAUUUUCCAAUUUUGUGGUUGUGGUUGGCCACAACAUUUAUUAAUUCCUAAAGGACAAAAAGAAGGUAUGCAAUUUGAUUUGUUUGUAAUGAUUUCAAACUACGCUGAUGAUGCUGUCACACAAACGAACAGUGCUGUAAGUCCAUGUGGUGAUGCUUAUUCAUUUUGUGGUCUUAAGGAUAAAUUAUAUCCAGACAAACGUGCUAUGGGAUUCCCAUUCGAUAGAACUGCUUCAGCAGAAACAUUGGAUGCAUUUAUUGCUCCUUAUCCAAAUAUGAAGAAACAAAUUGUUACGAUUACUUUCCAAGAUUUCUUGGUAGACAGAACUAAAUAG